GACACAGCGAGGGGAUCACGGCUGUGGGCGCGGGGGUCUCGGGCAGGAGGGACCCCACGGAGCCUCCUCUUCCCGGUGUCAGGAUCCCCCCAAGCCGCUACAGCCCAACCGGGAGUCCCACCGGGACCUCGGUACCUCCCCGGUUUCAGCCGCUCUACCGCCAGCCCCGGGGGCCCGGGAAGGUCCCCCCGGCCUUCUGAACCCCCCACAAGGCACGGGCGGCCCCUCGGAGCGCGGCCGAGCCCCCCUGACCUCCCCCGGCCCGGAGCGGCCCCGGGAGCCGCCAUCGCCACAUCGCCGGGACACGCCGGAAGUGCCGCAAGGGCGCCGCCAUUGGAUGGGGAACCCGGCGCCGUGACGUCACAAGAGGCGGCGGGGCGAGCCGUGACGUCACACAGGUGUCCCACCCGCGGCGCUGUGACGUCAGCGCGGUGUCCCUGCAGGACCCGUGCCACCACCGCCGGCUCCAGUGCAGCCACCAUGGCACAGGGGUGAGGCCAUGGGCGUCCUGCUCCCCUCGCUCGCCCUGCUGGUGGCCAGCACGGCCGUCCUGCUGGCCGCCUGCCUUUGGAAGGCGCGGAGGCGCCUCGGGAGCCGGGCCGGGGGCUCCCCCCUGGCCGAGGAGAGCCCUCGGCGGGGCCCCGCCGCCGCCGGGAGCCCCCGGUGCAUCCCCUGCGGCUGCGGCCCCGGCUGCGGCCCCUGCGUGGCAGCGGCCCGCCAGCUGCGGGACCUGGUGACGCCGCUGUGGCCCGGGGUGUCCUUCCCGCAGGACUCGGGGAUGUGGCGGCUGUGCUGGGAGGACCUGGAGCAGCUGCUGGAGCGAGGCCACCUGCCCUGCUGCGCCUCCUCCAGCUCCUCGGAGAGCCUCCAGCCCUCCCGGAGCCGGCAGACUCCGAAUGGAGCAGACCCCGGGGACGGAUCUGGCUGCUCCCUGGGAGCCGCGGGGAGCACCUGCCCAUCCCUGAGGAUGCACGUGGCCAGGAAGAACCUGGAAAUGAAGCUGAAGGCCCAGCCCGUGCCCGUGAGGCGCUCCCAGGAGCGGCUGGUGCAGCAGGGAGCAUCCCUGUCCCGUUCCUCCGAGAGCCUCAGUGGGAGCUGCCGCGCUCCGGACGGCGACGCCGCUGCGGACGGCUCCGCGUGCUCUUCGGGAUCUGCGGGCAUCGGCAGCACCCGCAACGCCCUGAGGAUGCACGUGGCCAGGAAAAGCCUGGAAGUCAAACUGGGAGCCCGGCCUGCCGCGGUGAGGAGCUCCCAGGAGCGAGUGGCAGGGCAGGAGGCGCCCUGGUGCCCGCUCCAGCCCAAGGGGAGCACCCCGCGCUCCGAGUCGCAGAAGAUCCUCCAGAGGCAAAGGGAGCUGGAGUUCCCCCACCUCCGGGGAGCUCCUCCAAGCCGGAUGAGGCCCCUGUUGGCAGCUCAGAUACUUCUGAGGAUGCUGUGUUUUAAAUAAAGCAGCCUUUCCCCAAAGAGCUUGGCCUGGGAUGGGGUUCCUCCCUUCCCAAUAGCUGGGUUUGGAGUCAGGAUGGGAUCACACAUGGGCAGUUUGGUUGCUGCUGAGCAGGGCUUUUCCUCCUCAGGGACUUCCCAUGUUUCCUGCUGGGAAAGGUGGGAUGAGGGUCCAGGGUCAGAUCCCUGGGAGACUCUGGAAACGAGCCCCAGGUGGGUGCAAGGGGUAGGCCCACCCCACCCAGCUUCCCAUUGGGAGACCCGUGGCCACCACCCCCCUCCCAGGUGUUUUUAAGGGUGGACAUUUUCAUCUCCCAUUUUCCUGGAGGCUUUCAAGGGAAUGUGUUUUGUGCUAUUCUUUGCAGCUCCCGCUGCCGAACAGGCUGCUCCAGGUGAGAGAAUGUUUGGGGAAUUUGGAUGAUUUUUUUGGGGAGAGGGAGGGAGCAGUGACCCCUGGGUGGGUUCCCCUGCCCUCGGCAUGGGGGGAGGGACUGUGGGGGUCCCCAAAUCCCUGUCACAGCCCUGCUUGUGCUUGCCAUGCCACUCUGUCACCAGUGGCAGUGCCAGCUGCUGUCCUGGGAAGCCGAGUGGCCAGUGGGGAGCUGAGCUGGGGGUGACCAGGGGUGGACACCACCUGGAGGAUCCCCCGUGGAGCUGUGGGACUGCCCUGGAGGUGAGGAGUGGGGACACUGUGUGUCCCUGAAGGAGGUGGGCGUGAGGGGACCCUGUUAGCCCCAGGGGUUUUUUGUCACCUGUUCUGAGCUGGGUGACGCCCCCAGCCCCAAUUCCACUCCUUCCCACGGGAAGGCAUGCAGCAUGGGGACAUUCUCCACUUGGCCAGAAGGCUUGUGGCUGUGGCAGGCCCUUCUCCCUCCAUGGGGAAUGUUAUUGCUCCAGGGAAAUCAGGAGUCCCUCCCCAGAGCCUCAGGUUCCUCUCAGGGUCCUCUCAGGGCUCUGAGUGUCCCCUGCCCUGUAACCCCCAGGAUGGGAUCCAAGCAGAGGGCUGUGGUAUUGUCUGGGUCAGGAUGGGGUACAGGGGUGUCCUCCAUGAACUUGGGGUGCAGGGUGGUGUCAUGUGCCUUUCUCAUUCUCAGGGUGUUUGUCAUUCCCUGAUUUCAGGUUUAAUCCUUUGCCUGGAGCUCUUGGCUCCUCCUCCUCGGGGCUGGAUACCCUAAAAAUGGGGAAUGAGGACAUUUUGGGGGGGGAAAGCGUACGGGAUGAGUGUGGGGAUCCUCUCCUCCCCUCCCGCACCUGGGGGCAGAUCCAGGACAUUCAGGCCCACCCCUUCCCGGGGAAGGAGAUCCAGGGCAGAUCGUGCCUGGGCAGUGCCAGCUGCGCGUCCUGGUGCCGCCCCCCCGCCCGUGCCCCCCGCGCUGCGGGGAGGAGCCGCAGGAGCCUAAUGGCCCUUGAUGGAUUUUUCUUCCAGGAAUUGGCUGCGGAGUGGUUUAGGGUUUUUGUUUUGUUCUGUUUUUGGUGGGUUUUUUUUUUUUCCCUUGGCUUUUUUUAAUCUUUUUUUUUUCUUUCUGCGCUCGUGUAAACACGGCGUGGAGCUGGAAGGAGCGGGAAUGGGGGGACACGCAGCUUCGGGGGAGAGCUGGCAUCCCCAUUUCCUGACCUCCCCGGCGUGUGGGUUUGGGAUGAGCGGCUCUUCCCGGCGGGAACGCGGUGUCCUGGAGCCCUGCCCGGAAUGGAAAGGGGUGGGGGGCAACACUGGGAAUUUUCCCCUCCACCCCACGCAGCCUGCCAGAGCCAGGGGAUCCCCGGAGCAUCUUCCCAUCCCACGGAGCAUCCUCCCAGCCCCAC